AUGGUUACUCAUUAUUCGCAAGUAGUGAGCAGUUUGGAAGUGCUGGUGAGUCGCAUCCCGCAGAGGAGGCACGCUGCCGCCGCCGCCGCCGCUUGCGUGCAUGCGUCCUUCUACUCGACGGCGCUCAAGACUCUCAUCUCCGUGUCGACCGUCAUCCUGCUCGGCCUCAUCGUCGCCUACCACGGGCUGGAAGUCCAGUUGUUCAUGAUCGACAACUGCGCGGACGACUGGCGCAUCGCGAUGACGUGGCAGCGCAUCACGCAGAUCAGCCUCGAGCUGGCCAUCUGCGCGGUGCACCCCAUCCCGGGCCAGUACUACUUCCUGUGGACGACCAAGCUGGCCAACCGCGGCGGCAACGUCGGCUCGUGCUGGGUGCCGUACGACGUGACGCUGUCGCUGCCCAUGUUCCUGCGCCUCUACCUCAUCUGCCGCGUCAUGCUGCUGCACAGCAAGCUCUUCACGGACGCCAGCUCGCGCUCCAUCGGUGCGCUCAACCGCAUCAACUUCAACACGCGCUUCGUGCUCAAGACGCUCAUGACCAUCUGCCCCGGCACCGUGCUGCUCGUCUUCAUGGUCUCGCUCUGGAUCAUCGCCAGUUGGACGCUGCGCCAGUGCGAGAGGUUCCAUGAUGAGGAGCACGCCAACCUCCUAAAUGCCAUGUGGCUCAUCGCCAUCACGUUCCUGAGCGUUGGCUUCGGAGAUAUCGUGCCUAACACAUACUGCGGGAGGGGCAUCGCUGUAACUACAGGCAUCAUGGGAGCAGGCUGCACUGCGCUUCUUGUGGCAGUGGUGUCCAGAAAACUGGAAUUAACUAGGGCAGAAAAGCAUGUCCAUAAUUUUAUGAUGGACACGCAACUGACAAAAAGGCUGAAAAAUGCAGCAGCAAAUGUGCUGAGAGAAACGUGGCUCAUUUACAAGCAUACGAGGCUAGUAAAACGAGUCAACCCAGGACGUGUACGCACGCACCAGCGAAAGUUCCUCCUUGCCAUUUAUGCCUUGAGAAAAGUGAAGAUGGACCAACGAAAACUCAUGGAUAAUGCCAACACGAUAACUGAUAUGGCAAAGACACAAAACACUGUCUACGAGAUUGUAUCGGAUAUGAGUGGAAGGCAAGAUGCACUGGAGGAGCGUUUGUCCAAUUUGGAGGACAAACUGACAGCUAUCCAGGAGCAGUUGGAAUCGCUGCCCGAGACUCUAGCCCGGUGCCUCACACAGCACUCCGAACGGCAGGAACAACGACGCAACUUCCUCCACCCCGAGUCCGCACUCUCGGCGCAGCCCGCGGCUGCCCCGGCCACCCCCCUCCUACUGGGGCCGGCACCGCUGUCAUUACCACACUCGCGCAGUGUGCCCAACCCGUGGCCCCCGAGCCCUAUCGUACCUCCCAUCAGCAGCCGCACACCACACCUCGUGCCCACGCCGCCUGCACCGAGUGCCCCUUCGACCAGCUGAGAGGAUGACAACUCUCGUGUGCCUGUUUUCUUCCUAUUUGGUUCUCCUGAGAUUGCAAAUGAAAUUUAUUUGUGAUAUACAGUCUGCUCCUAAUGAAGCAAAUACUCAGCAAUGGUGAACUUACAAGCUACUCUCUGUGUUAAUUUUUCAAAUGUAGUGUCACAUUAACAACUGGCCCUUAUCCUUAUUGCUGCAAACUUGCAGAACUUGUCAAGUGUCAUUAAUACAAAAUGUAUAUAUGUUUUAAGUUACAGCAAAUGAUAAUUACUUGUGAGAUAUUGAACUACUAUUUGUGCAGAUUAAUUUGUGACUAUCCAUUAUAUUCAUAUAACAGUGUGGGACUGAGUAUCAUACAAAGAAGCUAAAAUGAGUACAAAAGUGCUGUUAUAAAGGAAUUUCAAGUAAAAAUAAGGUAAAUAUACAUUUUGUAUGUACAUGCUGAAAUGUAAAUUAACACUAUAAAAGUAAGAAAAAUUACUGAUUAUUUUAUAUGUAACAGUCUACAAGAAAUAGCUUAAGUAACAACUCGGUACUACUCUUCCAUGGUUUCUGCACCACACACUACACACAAGAAAUUCUCUCUUUUUGCCUCUCCUGUAAUAAUUAAUGAGUUUUACGACAGUAAGGCUUUCUGUUUCGUCCACAUGAAAGCACCAACACUUUAUCUCAUGUUAUAGAUUUGACAUCAAGUGGGCUAGAAUUUUAUUUUUUCCAAUGUUUUUUCAAGUUAUGCUUUUUGUUCAUAGUAAUCCUGUACCCUGGUACUCAUUUUUCCUGUUUCUCUGCAGCAUGUUAGUUUAUACCUGUUGCAUUAUGCUGCAAGAUAUCCAUAUAUUUUUUCCCUUUAAUUUCCAAGUUUUAUUAUCUUUACUACCAUUACAAAUUUCUAGCCUAGAACUGAAUUUAUGUUUAUAUAGUUAUUCCUUAAAUAUCAAUACUUACUCCAGAGACAUGAAGUGCUGGUCUCUCUCUUCCUUUCAUACUAUAGAAUUAGUAAGCAAGGAAAGACUUCAGCAAAACACCUUAUAUUCUGGUGAAAAUGUGUACCACCUAGGCCUACUUUGAUCAAUUUUGUUGUUAUUCUACUUCUUCAAUUAUUUUUUGACUCAGAGAUCAUAAGAUUGUUAAAGAAGAAUACUGUUAUAUCUGUUGGAAGUUACAGGCUGAAGUAUCAUCAUUCAAAUGAUAUGCUUGUAAGACACUGUCCCCAGGAUAGUAAUUGCCAAUAAUUCUUCCAACUGAACACUAUAAACGGACUUAAACAAAUGGCGAUUAUGUAGUAAAUAGUAAUUCUUAUAGGUAAUACUUAGCCCUACAGUAGAUACUAAUUACAUUCAUUGCUCUUGGUAUGUGACUUCCUCUUGCCACACCUUUCACACCUCAGCUGGUUAAUUUUAUUUCUGCCAUUUGUAACGAUUCGUCAAGUAAGUUGAAGUUUAUAUUUUAAUAUAAUUGCUGCUAGUUUCUCAUUAUACAUUGUUAUUAAUUGGGUGAAACUUAUAGUUUAUUGUUCUGUCUCUGACUUUACUGUAUUGCUCUUUCCUGAUUUCUGAAGUUAUCAUGUAAUCUAGAGACUGAACGUCCUCUUUGCAACAUCACUGUUUCCAAUUUACACCACAGUUUUACUCUUAUAUGCAUAUGGACUGUAAUAACCAUAAUGAUUCCUAUUAUUAAGAUAACUACAUUUUAUUUAUUAGAGCUCUUCAUAUUGUCUAACUCUGCACCAAGUGUAUAUAUUUAUCAUCAUCUUCAUAUCAAUCACAUACAUUGUGCCUUAGUAUUCAGAGUUGUUGCGUAACACUGCUUAGCAAGGUAUGAUGAAAGCAUUGUGCAACACUAUGGAUUUUACUGUUUCCAUUAUUAUUUUAAAUACAAAACUGGAAAAAUGUUCAAAUACUGGUUUCCAUAAGUAAGAUUGUUAUGAACGUGAGAAAUAUAACUUCAAGUAAUAUUUUGACACAAUUAAAAUAGAAGUUGCAGGUUCCAAUGUCUGCACAUUCUUGUCACCUAGGGUGUUGUCCAUUAUAAUUUUUUAUUUACAGUAUGUGUAAACCAUGAGAACCAUUUUAUGUAAUAUUUUUUGAAGUUUCAUGUAAUGUCCUAGUACUGAGAUUUAAUACAAGCUGUUUGCAUUAACAAUAUAUUUAAUGAAUUUAAGUGUAUACCACACAGCACAGUAAUCUAAUCAUAAUUAAGAUUUCUUCUGGGAGUACUUGUAAGCAAGACCUAAUUUCUUGAGAGUAAUUUUCACUACAGGCACUUUAAGAACAUAUAACAAUCAAUGGAGCAGACUGUCAAGUGAAAAGAGUACUUCAGUUGCAAUUACAUUAUUUAUUGAAAACCAGGAGAGCUACUGUCCUCAUUCCAUAAGUAACAUUAUUCAUUUACUAUUAAUGAAACAGAGACAUUUUCUGUGCCAUUUUCUACCUGCUCAAAUGACUAUAAUGCACUAACUGUUCUGAAUGAUUAUGUGAAAAUUCAAGGAGAGUGUUAAUGGACAGCAACACAAAACUUUUGUGCCCUUGAUAACAAUUGUGAUGAUAUUUAUGGCCUUGACAAUGGCUAAUGUUUAUUUUCAUGAGCAUAUUUCAGUUGAGUGAUAUGAGUGAGUAUCCUAAGUGAAUGAGAAGUGUGAAAAGCAUUAACAGUGUUGAAUACUGUUUAAGUGUGAUAACAGAACUAAUAUGUCAUAACUAUUCUCAGCAAUUGCAAUUUUUAUACAAGAAGCCUUCCAUAAGUGAUGCCAUCUUCUUAAAUGGUUACUUCCUCAGCCUAUUUAAAUUUACUUGUUAUUCAAGUUGAGGAACACACAUAAAUAAACAAGAAUGCCAGCCCAGGAAUGUGGAACAUGUUAAAUAUUUCCUGUAAUCAUAUUCUGAUGUGGUGUGGCUAUCAUAAAAAAGAUUUAUUUUAGUAAUAAUAGAUUUGUUAAAUUGAGUCAUACUCAGAGCUGUAUAAAAAUACAUUUAUUUUGAAAUCAGUUAGAGUACUGCAAAAAUAGCCAUUAAAAUGUUGAAUCUUUGACAAAUUUUAGGCAGAAUAAAUUAAUUGUAAUGUCAUAAUAACGGAAUAGUAUUUUGAAUGGCUCUUUCAUUGAACUUGACUAGUUAAAGAGCUUUGUCUCUCGCAUGAAAUAAAAUUAAUUGCUUGUGCUAUUAAAUCUUUUAGGCUAGAAGGGAUACAUGCAGAUUAGAAAGAUAGAAGGUAAGUUUCUGCUGAGUAAUUCAGAAUAAAACACCAAUUAUGUGUAGUUACUAUUUUUCAAGAUUCUUAUUCCAAACCAGAUAAAACAUUAAAAUUUAUUUUUUUAAAUUUUUCAAAUAUAACUACACAAAAUAUUAUAAAUGCAUAUCUUUACAAGAAAAGAAAAAUAGUUGUUAAAUAAUAAUCUUAGAAAAGGUGCUAUGUAAGAAUGAAAUAGAAAUUAUUAAAAAUAACUUGUGACAUCACUAAUGGACUGACUUCUUCUCAGCUAUCUAAAAUACUUUAAAAACUUUUCUGAAUAUUAUUCCAGUUACUGUAAUUUUCAUAGAGAUUCUUCCAAAUAAUAAAGUUUUAUUGUGAUUUAUCAAGAAAUUACUGCUCUCUAACAACAUUGUUUUUUGGCUUUGGAGACUGAAAAGUUUACUUUUUGUUCCUCACUGUGCAACUUCAUUAUUUCACUUGCCGUUGAAAAAUGAUAAACUGAGAAAUUAAGUAAAACCUUUUUUGCAAUAAUUAUUUUCCUCAGAAAUGUGUUAAAAUUUGAUGUAUAGUUUGAGGUGAUUUUUUAGUUAAUCUCAUGUUGAUUGCUGCAUUACUCUGAGGGAGCUUGGAGUAAUUGUUAAAGUGAUUUGACUGAAAGAUGUGGUUUGUGUUACAUGUAUGGUACUAAUUUAUUUUCUCACUUUUUUUCUUCAUAAAAGAUUGUUCAAAUAUCUGUUUUUGCAACUAGAUAUCUGGAUGCAUAUUACAGACAAAUAUUGUUCAUAAAAGACCAAUGUAAAAAAUUAAUAACUGUAAGUAUUAGAAACCAUAUAUUUAUACUAACUUAAUACAAAAUUAUGCUAAAGUUGUAUUACUUAUAAUGUGGAGUGUAAAUAAGAGAAUAUAUAGUUAUGUACAUAGAAUAUUGUUAAGUAGUUUUUAUUAUAAUGGAGCAUACUUGGCAUAUCAGACAUUAUGAGGAUUCAUACAAAGCAAGUUGAAUAUUAGUGUCAGUACAAGAAACAAUAGUUAAAAAAAUACUGUGAAGUUUUACGCCGUCUUUCCUUUUCGUAUAAAAUUUAUCCACUAUUGCAUUUAUAAAAAAAAAUAGCCCUUGAAGUACUGGAGAGGAAAUAAAAUAUUUUUGGGAUAUACUGAUUCAUUGAAGGAUACCUCUAAUUAAAUGGAAGUGUAUUUGUAAGUCAUGCAAAAUAAUUUUCUUAUAACUUGCAUUGAAAAGGGCUUGGAAAUAAGUUCAAUGAGUACCCACUUGCAAGUAAAUCUCAAUUUAGUAGAAAUUUGUUGUUACGCUCAUCAGAUGUUGAGGCUGUAAACGCAGUGUCAAUUUCCAUAACAAAGACAAAAUCUCUGUGUAAAAAGUACACAGUUUUUAAAAAAGCCAUGUUCUCCUGUGUAAAUUUAAUUAACAUCUGAUAUAUGCAAAGACUGACAUAGAUGUUAGCCACAAAAAGUAUUUUUAUUGCUGCUAGUAUUUUAGUUCCAUAUUUUAUUAACGAAGUUGUGACAAACAAAUUCACUUCCAUUUUCUGGAUUUAUAGUGUGAAAUGAGGAAUAUGAAUACAAAUUCAUUACUGCUGAGCAAGUGUUUUAAAAAUGAAUACAAAUGUUAUUGAACUCUGUUUAUGCAAAAGCAACUGCAGUGACAUGAUACCCAAUGUUACUGUUUCCCUGAAAGCAUUAGUUCUCUGCUAGAUAGUAUGUAUCAUGUGAACAAACUGAUUCUGUUCCACUAGUAAUCAUAUUUGUUCAAUGUUGUAAAAGGCUUUAUUUUAAAGGAAAGAAAAAGAAAAUGCCUGCAUACAGCUCUGCAUUUAUGUUUCAAGCUUCAUAUUUAAAAGAAAAAUGUAUACAUGUAUAACUUACCAGUGAUAACAGAUGUUUUACAUCUCAGCUGUGUCCACAUAGUCAGUACUAGCAUAUCUGGUAUAUAAAAUAAGAAAUUUUUAGUCAUCUAUGCCAUCUCAUAGGUACUAAUUGUCAAUGAUUGACAGCACAAUGAAAUGUCCUCUUGGCUGUGCCCUUCACAGUGAACAUCGAGAUGGAGGGAACUCUUUCCAUUUUACAAUCCUCUCUUCACUGCAAGUCAAGAAACGUGCUCGUAAACCUAUAUAAUUUACAUAUGAUAUGUAAAAAAGGAGUUGUCAUAAUAAAAUAUAAGUAUUGAGUAUCAAACAGAAUAUGCAAGGUACUGAUCACUGUCACUCAGCUUUUGAACUUCUAAAGUUGAGCUGAAGUGUUCAAGACCUACGUUACGUGCAUAUUUGCUGCUCAACACGUCAUCUAUAUGGUGAGGGGGUGACUAUUCUCAUAGCAUUAUUUGUGUCCUUCUCAUGCUUUUUUCAUUAUUUUAUUAAUUUCUGUCUGUGCAACACAAUGUUAAGAUGUUCCUAAUGUGUAAGAAAAUUAGCUUACCAGAAAGCUCUCACUACAUGAUAAACUCUCAGUCAUUUCGUGACAAGUGCUUCACUAAUCUGAAUAGAAGUAUAAUAUGUCUGGAUUUUUUCUGUUAUCAUUUGGUUUAUCGAUAUAGUUUUGAUGUGUGAUCUGACUAACACACAAAUUAGCUAUGUCAAUAUACAUGCUUAAAAUACUGAAAGCACUGAAGAAAUUAAUCUUAUAUAAGCAUUCAUUAAUUUCAACUGCUUACCAGAAAACAUACUUUGAAACACAUCAGAUAUUUUCUGUAAGCACUGUUUGUAAUGUAAUUACAGGAUAUUAUUGUGCGCCUCAUUCAUAUUGAGUUAUC